UGGACUAAAAAUUGUUCUAAAGAUAAAAUUAAUAAAAUCACCAAUAGGUAAAUUACUUCUCCAUCAUGUGACCGUGCAGUAAUUGGGAAAGAGAUGGUGUCAUAUUUUCAGACGUGACAACGAAUUUGAAUCAUAUCCCUGCUCAACCCCGUGCAGUAGUGCAGUAUAGCGGCAAUCCUAGACAAAAGUUGUGACCAAUUGAUUCGUUUUUAAAGCCAGCUUGUGAAGUUAUUGUGUUGUUGGAUAUUGUUUGAUACGUUGUUGUUACUCAGAUUUUAUUUAUUUUUUAUUUUUUUAGUUUAUCCAAUGAAAGUAGAAACCGCCAUGAAUGAUCCAGGAGGCAUUAGUUGUAAGAAGGGCAGCGGGUGUUGUAUCUCCCGCUUGCUCAGCGUGGUGGAGAGUGAGCUGCAGGCGGGUCGCGAGAAGGGGGAUCCCACCGAGAAGAAACUCAAAGUGUCUCUGGAGGAUGGGGAGCUCUGGAAGAAAUUCAAGGAGAUCACUAAUGAGAUGAUCGUCACCAAGAACGGAAGGAGAAUGUUCCCUGUGCUCAGGGUCAGUGUGUCAGGUCUGGAUCCCAAUGCCAUGUACUCUUUUCUGCUGGACUUUGCGCUUGCUGACAGCCAUCGCUGGAAAUAUGUGAAUGGGGAAUGGAUCCCUGCUGGCAAGCCUGAGCCACAGACCCCCAGCUGCGUGUACAUCCACCCCGACUCCCCCAACUUCGGGGCUCACUGGAUGAAAUCCCCCAUCUCCUUCAGCAAAGUCAAGCUGACCAACAAGCUCAAUGUGGGAGGACAGAUUAUGUUGAAUUCUCUACACAAGUAUGAGCCCCAGAUCCACAUCAUUCGAGUCGGAGUGAGUCACAAGAUGGUCACCAAUCUCUCGUUCCCCGAAACACAGUUUAUUGCUGUGACAGCAUACCAGAAUGAAGAGAUUACAGCCCUGAAGAUCAAGUACAACCCUUUUGCCAAAGCCUUCCUGGAUGCAAAGGAAAGAACCAGUCCUAAGGACAUUCUGGAAAGCCCCUCUGAAACCCAGCACAUGGGAAUGCCUCCCUGUGGCUGGUUGAUCUCAAACUCGGAAGCCCUGUGUGUUCCUGGAAGCCCUAACUAUCAGUACGGUGGUGGUCUACCACUGCCUCCUAACCCCUCUCACCACAGCUACGAGCGCUACGCCUCCCUGCGCCAUCACCGGUCAGCCCCCUACCCCUCGCCCUACAUUCACCACAAUCACUCCUCAGUGACACUGACAGAGAGCACGUCAAGCAGUUUACCGGGUUUCCCUGGUCAUGAGAACUGGUCUGCCCUGUCGCCAACACCACCCCAUGCCAGCAUGCUGCCCGUCACCCCUGUGUCUGCAGCAGCCAGCUCCAGUGCCAGUCAGUACCCUUGUCUGUGGACUGUCAGCAACUGCACUGUCAAUACCUCCAGUCCUGCAGGGGGAGCUAUGAGUUACUCUCAGAACCAGGUGCUGCGGGGAUCCACUGCCAUGGACACGCCAGGAGAGCAUGCACACUGGACAACACUCUCAUCUCACUCCUUUUAAUGGAAAGAGAUUAAUCCUCACCUAAAAAUGAUUAAACUGUUAUCAUGGCAUCAUAAUCUGGGAUUAGAGUGCACCAUCCGCACUGUUUGUUAUUUCAUUUGUUAAUUCAUGGUUGGCCGUCAUGACAGCAAACGCACUGUAUUAUACGACUUAAAGACCAGUCUCUAAAUCACUGCCAUCAAUAUUUUAUAUACAAGCAUGUUAAUAUAAGGAGGGAGUUUUUUUUUUUUAAAUACAUACAUACAUACAGUA